GUAAAAGGGGGUGGAGAAAGGAAAGGGAGGGACAAGAAGAGGGGGGGAAAAAAAACCCUGCAUGUCAAGUCUGAGGAAAUGCUGUGGGAACUACAGCCAGGCGCUUUUUUUUUUUUUUUUUUUUUCUCCUCUUCUUCUUCUCUCUUCUCCCCUUGUGUAGCUGAGAGGAAGGAAAGGAAGAAAGAGAAGUAGCUAGCUCAAAUGUGCCUCGCUCUGCUGCCGGGGCACGGGGGCUUGGCUGGAAGGAUCUAGUUUCUCUUCGGUGGCAGGAAAAGGAGCCACAGGAGGAGGCAGAGACGGACACCCAGACAUGCCCGUCCCGUCAGGCUGCUGGUUCCUUCUUUGCCUCGCUGCAGCUGGCAAACAGUUGUCACUACAAAUCACCCCGCCGUGUGAAAGUGAACAACACUAUGAAUACUCUGGACGGUGCUGCACAAAGUGUGAGCCAGGGAAGUAUAUGUCUGCUAGAUGCACCGGUACUUCUGACAGUGUGUGCCAGCCGUGUGGCCCAAACGAGUAUAUGGAUGUCUGGAAUGAAGAAGAUAAAUGUUUACUACAUAAAAUAUGUGAUCAAGGGAAAGCUUUGAGAGAAGUGAACCCAGGGAACAGCACGUUCCAGCGGCAGUGUGCUUGUACGAUGGGCUACCACUGGAACGAAGACUGUGACUGCUGUCAGCGAAAUACCAUAUGUGCUCCGGGAUUUGGUGCUGAGCAUCCUGUGCAACAAGACAAGGACACAAUGUGUACGCCAUGUCCCAGAGGCUACUUCUCAAAGGUCGCUUCUUCCACCGAUAAGUGUAAAACCUGGACCAACUGUACAGCUCUAGGAAUGGCAGAAAUAGUGCCUGGGACUGACAAGUCAGAUGCAGUUUGUGCAGAACAGAAGACACCAGAGCCAUCAGAAGAUGGAACCAACAGGAUCUUAUACGUUUUGAUUGUCCUCUUGUUUUUUGUGGCACUAAUUGGCAUUGUCAUCUUCAUUGUAUACUACAAGAAUAAGGGAAAAAAGCUAACAGCAGAUCUACAGAAUUGGGCUAACGAAGUGUGCAGCCAAAUAAAAGGAACAAAGGAGCCCCCAAGGGAUGCAUUUGUCACCGUGAGCACCACAAAUGCUGCUGUCCCCCAGACCUCUGAGGGCGUGUGUCUCCUGGGCCCCACUGGCUCUCCUGCCCCUGGAAACUCAUGCUGCACCAGCGGUCACGCUCCUUGCAGGAACGGGAGCCCCGGCACAGCACCCUGCGAGGCAGGAGGGAGCCUCCAAGAGUUUUCUGUGGUAACUGAGACUGAUAAUGACCAUUUCCCACCAAUUCCCACAGAAGAUGAAUACAUGGAUAAGGAUCUUAAUACCACUGAUUAUUUAUCUCUACUAAGUCGGACUGCCAGUAAAACCGUGUCAUCAUUUUCAGAACCAAUGGAGGCAGGGGAGAACGACAGCUUAAAUCAGUACUUUUCAGGGAUUGGGAGCACAGAGGACAUAUCAGUCUCUCAAGGCUCCCACCCUUCUUCCAACAUAGAUGGGCCACACACUGCCACGGACAAUCUUCUUCAGAAAUCUUGCCAGCGUGCCCACAGUUGCCUGAAGGAAACAGGCGAUAAAGACACAGAUUGUUUUGCAACUAACUAUGACUCGGAGAAGAUCUGUGUGAGGUGUGGCAUUUCGUACAGGGAAUCUCCCAGAAAGUGGAGUAAACCCUAUUGUGCUGCAGCUGACAGUGCCUCCACCUGCCCAGAAACUGGAUCCUAUGCACAGUGCACCUGUGGCUUGAAUUUUCUCUCUGCUGGUCAGAGCACUCCUGCAAAUGAUCAUGGUAUGGAAGGUGCAUCUUUGGACAGUACCAACAUGAAGUACCAAAACACAAACAGAAGCACUUCAGGGACAAACAGCACCACUUCAGACCUCCCUCCAGCAUCUGGAAAUGUGACUGGAAACAGUAACUCCACCUUUAUCUCAAGUGGACAAGUAAUGAAUUUCAAGGGCGACAUCAUUGUUGUCUACCUUAGCCAAAACUCCCAGGAGGGGGCAACAGCCUCAGGGCCGAGCGAGGAGAACGUGGGCAGCCCUGUGCAGGAGGAAAACCUCAGCCGCUGCGAGACUUUUGCUGGCAAUGCCCAGCACUACAAGGAGAAGUGUGCUGAGCUGCAGGGCGCCUGCCCGGCGGCGGGGAGUGGGGGGCCGCGGUGGACCACCAGACCCCUGGCCCAGGAGCGGGGCCCAUCCUGCCACAGCCAGGCCUCGCAGCCCGUGCAGGAGGAGGGGAAGCUGGGACACUUCUCGGAGAAAGUAUUGAACUGAGGAGAGUCCUUGCUGCGGGCUGGGGCGCCGACGACGGGCAGCCCACGAGAAGGGUGUGGGGCUGCUGCAGGGCUGCUGAAAUCCCGGGUGUCGCGACAGAUUCGGAGACUGUUGCUGCCCCUGGUGUCUCCAGGGAAAUUUUACAGCUGGAAAGGACCCUUGUGGCACAUGUGCGGGGGGUGGUGGUGGUGGUCCCGCUGAGGAGGUUACCAGUGGGGACAGGUGCAUGCGUGAAGCUGGAUGUGCUGUCCCCAUUGCAGAAGCAGUGGCAGGACACUCUCCUCUCCCUUGUGGGGCAGAAGGCUCCCCACCUGCCCCCCGCUCCCAGGCACCUCUCCCCAGCAAGCAGCAAAGGAGAGUUGAGGAGAUCCUUUGGGCUGGGGACUUUGCGAGGAAGCGAGCAGUGUUGCUGGCUGGGCACGUGGGGCGCACCCGGGGAGGGGAUGACAUGAUGGAGGACCACACUGAAAGGGGCCCCUGAGCUCCCUCUCGGGGUUUUCUUUUUGUAACUAAGCUGCACCCAUGUUGCUGGGUCUUGGGCCUCCUCUAUGUCUCUGGUGGUGGAAGGAAGUGGCAGCCACGUCGGCCGCUGAGCCUAGUGCUGCUGGCAACCUUCACCUCCCCAUGGGGAUUGGGCAGGUGGCAUCAGCCCUUUCCAUAUUUCCCCAAGGGAGCAGACACUCCAGUCUCAAACCAGCACCAGAGCCAAGAUCCUGGUCUGUCCCUUAUUAACUUGUGGGUAUGAAUAAUUGUAACACUGCCCCAGGUGCACAACAACAGACAAAACAGAGCUGAUAUGCCUUACAAGCAUAUCAGAUUGAUCCUGAGCAAAGAGCGUUUAUAGUUUUGGACCCUGAUUUACCUCUGCCUUAUUGCACCUCAGCAGAGAAAUUCAAAUCCCUGAAGAUGACGGUGACGUGCGCCUGGCACGCUGCUGCAUGAAUAACAUCACUGCACUUUGAGACACAGAGCUGCUAGCAGGUGGAGGAAGGGUCUACAGUAACCAGCUGUGGACAUUUCCUGAGUGACAGGAGAGGGAGGGAUUACCAAAAGAAGGAGAAUUUAGUCAGGGUCAAACACACGUUCUUUCAUCUGCCCAAACAAUUUUGUCAUUCCCUUUGAUAUUUUCAUUACUAAGCAGAGCUUUACUUAUGUAGCAUGAAGCUAUUUCCAGAGCUUGGCCUGUCUGAGCUGAAAUCAGAGUGUAGCCAACUCUCACACUGAGAGCUGAUAAGCAAUGGGACCAAAGGGUUGGAUUUACAGAAUAAUAGUAGUUGUAGUUAGAAGGGACUCUCAGCUACUCAGCUGGCUUUGGUUCAGGUCCUGUAUCCUGUAGCCUCCUCCAGCAGCCACUGUGGGGAGAGAGGUGAAGGGAAGAGAGACUCAAGGAACUCCCAAGAGGAAAAGAUAACAUUUUUAAUGAUUUCCUGACAAGGGGUAAUUUUCUGACAUUCUCCUGCACAUGUGAGUGCUGCAGGAGGCUAUAUUCAGUCUGAGCCUUCAUCAAGGUCAGCGCUGUGUUUCCUGUCAGACAGCAAAGGGAUCUCUUAUCUAGUGUGAUCUCAUCUGCCCUGACAGAAAAGAUCUCUGGUAAGGAGGGGUCCUCUCCAGGGAGGUUUUUAAAGCCAAGGGGUUCACUAUGUAGCUGCUCUGUUUGCAAUAGUACUGCUCUGUGGGUGAAGAGCACCUAUAAAGCUGACAAAGUGACCAUUGUGUCAUGAUGAGCUUCUUAUCCAUAAAACAAAAGGAUGGGCUUAGCCACCUUCACUCUCAGGAGGAUAAUUCUGCAUUAUUUAUAUAUCUGGCAUAUAAAAUUCAGCACAGACAAGCAAGACUCUCUCUUGGGUGGCUGGCAAAUAUGGUGCAUGAACAACCAGCCUCCCUUUCACCUCUGCAUGGCCUUCAGAAAACUAGACCACCCUAGCCUAGACUCAGCCAGGCAGGUAAGUUGUCCCAUUCAGUGACGGCCCAAGCUACCUCUGCUUCUCUGAAGGUGUGUAACUGAGCUCUCUCUUAUCUGUGGUAUUCUGUCGUCUUUCUUGUUGGAUCCUUUAACAACCUCUUUUUAGCCUCUUCUGGCCUAUUUCUGUAUCCCCUAGGCAUUGGUGCAAUAGGGACAAGGAACAGAGUCACCAUCACGUUCAUGCAAGGUCAUGCAGAUAUUUUCCCACUUCAUCGUAACUUUUUGAGUCAUAUUUUCCUGGAAAGCAUUCAACCAGCCCCACUUACAGGGCAGGAUGGGCUGAAUUCUUGUGUUUGGCUUUAGGUAACCUACCUGUCUGCAGGUCUGUCUCCUCCUUCUUCUGUCUCUGCAGCUUCUUUCUUCCCAUGAUUUGUAUCUGCCACCAGAGAGCAGGCUCAAAAUCCUGAUUUCAGAGAAGACAAUGGGAAGUUUAUGACGUGUCCUCAGUGAGGACACAUUUUUUCACUCACUGAAUCACAGGAUCCUACUGAGCAAGGACUGAAACUAGGAUCAUCCGCAAGCAUGAAGAAAUGGGUCAUAAUUAUCCCAGCACUGUGGCCGCUCCCUUAUGGGAAAUGCGAUGCGCCAACAGAUCCGAUUCUUCUUCUUUCUCCAGAGUCUACCCAAAAGUGAAGAAGCCAUAUCACACUCAUUAUCAUGCUGCACGUUCCCUGGGUCUCUGCCUGGCUGUUUAGACAUGGACCCCAAAGGGACGACUUUAUCCUUGUGAUUUUAUUUGUUGUCAGUUCGGAGGUGGGGCUGUUCUUUAACAUCUGUUUGUACAAUGGGGCCCUAUGCAUUGGGCACUAAUUUGGAGGCUUCUGGCUGCUAUUGUAAUACACAUAAUUAAUGACAAUAAAAAUCUUAAAGGCCUACUUGAGUAAAUAUUUUAUACAAAUUAAUGAAAGAAUCAAACACAUUAUUAUAUGCCCAUGCUCAUUUUGACAAAAAAAAGUCAAAUGUGAGCAUAAAAACAUUCCUGGUUAGCUUCUGUAACAUUUUUUGUAUGUAGAAUUGUUUUAACAAAAAGUGCUUCCCUUCUCUAGUAUGUGCUGCAAUAACAUACAAGGGCAUCCACAAACACAUGGGGAGUUGAACAGGAGCUCUUGUAGAUCUGGUGUGGUAAUGCUUUACUGCUGAGAACUGGGUACUCAUUCCAACUCGUUCCUGAAGUCUCCUUCUGCACAGCAUGUGUUUUUACAGGUGUUUCAGUCUGAGGUGUCACAGCAUGCAUUAUCCACAGUGAAUACACUGGGUGUUCUUGAAACACAGCCACUUCAGGCCUGGAAGGGCAGCAGUAGUUCUGCAUGUAACUGUGGGAAAAUGAGAAGCAGUCUUUUGCUCAACAGCACUGGAGCAGCCCUUCUUACCCCCAUAGAA